UGUCGCACUCUCCUGAGUCUUUUGCUGUCGCCUCAGUCUUUUCCUCCAGGCCCCUCUUCGCAGAGAGAAGAGGGCGAGUGGAGAAAGGAGAUCCAGGUCUAGUUCUGCAAACACCCUUUUCUGGAGUACGCCAGGCUGUGUUGCUGACUUCACAUUACACUGGGAUUAAUGGCGUUGUCCUGCCUUCUGGGCUCUUACAGCGUGAGAAAGAUGAAAGGAUUGACAAAUUCUGGAGAACAGAUUUCCUCCCUUCUUUUCUUUUAACAUCACGCAGCCUCCUCAUUGUUUAAAGGCAUCAUUGUUUGGACUUGAUCGGCUCCUUCUAAGCGAGAGCAGGUCCAGGUAAAUUGCAUCCAAGAGUUUUAGAAGAGCUGGCUGAGGAGCUCACUAGACUGUUAAUGUUCAUUUUCAAUACGUCUCGGAACAAUGGGGACUCCAGAAAACUGGAAGAAAGCUAAUGGUGUGCCAAUAUUUUUAAAAGGAACAAAGAAUGCAGGCCAUACAUACAGGAUGGGGGACUCUAUCCUGGGAAGCAGUGACUCUGAAAAAGAUUUGGGGGUUGUGGUGGAUAAUCAGCUGAACAUGAGCUCCCAGUGCAAUGCAGUGUCCAAAAGAGCCACUACAAUCCUUGGAUGCAUAAAGAGACCUAGUUCUCUGAGGAAAUGGAUACUUCUUCCAAACAAUGUCCAGUCAAAAAACGAGUUAAAAUCCAUCCCAACACAGUGACAGUGAAAUAUACAUCACAUUAUCCCCAACCUGGAGAAGAGGGCUCUGAUGAAAUCAGUGAAGAUAUUGGAAGUUUUAUGGAGGACAAUCCAAAGAAAAGGUUGCUCAGUGACAGAAAAAGGAAAGGAAAAGCCUUCUUUGGGACUAUGGAUAUCCUACCUCAGCCAGCCCAAGAGACGAAAGCCAAUGAGACUGGACAACGCCAGAAUUUUACAGAAGGAAGCAUAUUUCAGUCCAGAAAGACUUGGGUAGUGCUGUUUGCCUCUGCCUUGGCUCAUGGGUGUGUGGCUCUGAUAACUAGACUUGUUUCUGAUCGUUCCAAAGUGCCAUCUCUAGAACUAAUUUUCAUUCGUUCAGUCAUACAGGUGUUGUCUGUCAUUGUUGUGUGUUACUACCACGAGGACCCCUUUGGACCAAAAGGAUAUAGACUGCAGCUCUUCUUCUAUGGUGUCUGCAAUGUUAUCUCCAUUACCUGUGCUUACACCUCCUUCUCUAUAGUACCCCCAAGCAAUGGGACCAUUAUGUGGAGAGCAACCACCACUGUCUUUAGUGCCAUUUUGGCUUUUUUACUAAUAGAUGAACGAAUGGCUUAUAUAGACAUAAUGACAGUAGUUAGUAGUGUCUUUGGUGUUUGCCUGGUCAUGUUCCCCAACAUCGUUAAUGAAGAAAAUUCUUUGCUCAGUGUCUGGAAAGAAGCCUUUGGCUACACCAUGACAGUUAUGGCAGGCUUAACUACAGCUCUUUCCAUGAUAGUCUACAAGUCAAUCAAAGAUAGGGUCAGUAUGUGGACUGCACUGUUUACUUUUGGUUGGACUGGAACUGCGUGGGGAGCCUCCACCAUGUUUUUUCUUCAAGAGCCAAUUAUCCCACUGGAUGGAGAAACCUGGAGCUAUCUCAUUGCCAUCUGCAUAUGUUCCACUGUGGCUUUCCUGGGUGUCUAUUAUGCCUUGAAUAAAUUUCACCCAGCUCUGGUCAGCACAGUACAACAUUUAGAGAUUGUGAUAGCCAUGAUUCUGCAGCUCGGAGUGCUACGCAUCUUUCCCAGCAUUUAUGACUUCAUUGGAGGGGCCAUUAUUAUGAUUAGUGUUGUUUUCCUGGCAUGUUAUAAGCUGUCCUGGAAGAAUUUAGGAAGGCAAGAUUAUCAGGAGAUACUGGAUUCUUCCAUUAAAUGAAUGUCAAUUUGUUGUAGUCUUUACUGUAAUAGUUUCUGCACCACGAUGUCGAUAUUAAUGUUCAUUUACCAAUGUCCUUUGUCUAGUAGAGUGGACAGAGUACUAACUUUCUUGUUCAGAAAUGUGCCAGAUUCAUACCUGACAUAAUAAUGUUUAAAUCAGUAGAGUUGUACCAGAGACGAAUUUGUCCCACCGUGUUAAAUAAUUUAAAAUGUUUCAAUAUGUGAACUUAGAUUUACUCUCAGCUGGUAUGUAGUAGCUGCUAAGAUUAGAUAUAGAGAAUUCUGUCAUAUGAGUCUUUCUAUCAUAGUCCUCCUUCUAUAACAUAAUAUUGAGACAGAAGGAUUCACUAUUGUUAGUCAUUCUGGACAGUGCACCUGUAGAAUAUUUUAUGGCAACAAGAAAGUCAUAUGUUGACAUUCACCAUUGAAGGAGGAAAUUCAUGUUCCAUAGUAACAGUAUACUUACUUGGUUGAAGCAUGUAAUAUUUUAUAAGUGAGAAUUUUAACAUGUAUAUGGUUAUAAUUCUUUAAAUAUCUGCUGGGAGAAGAGUAAAUAAAUAAAGUGAUGAUCUC